AUGGCACACAAUACGUCAUCAAACGCGCGUGCGCCCGCACGCCAUCACGCAAACCGAGUUUGUAAUGGCGCCAAUCGCAUUCGUCUCGAACAUUCCGAUUCCGUCAAAUUGUUUUUCUCCUCGGGCAGCAGCGAUUCGGAAAGCGAAAGUCCCAAGCGUAAAGGACUCCGGCAGAAGAAGAGAGAAAAUACCUGGAAAGAUGAUGGCUCAAAUGACGAUGAAGAGGAGGAGGAGGAUGAGGAGGAGGAUGAGACCAGCAGUUCAGACAGUGAGCAGGAAGAGAAUAAAGUUAGAUCCAGACGUCUCCCAGCCCGAAGACCACAGACCAAAACAGCUGCAGCCAAAAAGCAGCAACCUCAGAAGACCAAGAAGGUGAGGAAGCAGGAGUCGUCCGAUGAUGAUGAGAAAGAGGAAGACGAUGAUGAUGAGGAUGAAGACACUCCAAAAAAACAAACUCGGCGAAGAACGGCGACGAAAGUCAGCUACAAGGAAGAUCAGAAUGAUUUUGAGACUGACUCUGAUGACCUCAUUGAGAUGGGGGGUGAUGGGGCGGAGGAGCAGCAGGACGAUGACAGCGAGACCACAGAGAAAGUCAUGGACACCAGAAUUGGGAAUAAAGGAGCCACGGGGGCGGAAACCACCCUGUAUGCUGUUGAAGCCAAUGGGGAGAGAAAGAUAGGGAAAGAUGAGGGAGAACCCCAGUUCCUGAUCAAGUGGAAGGGCUGGUCCUACAUCCACAACACCUGGGAGUGCAUGGACUCUCUUACCCAGCAGAAGGUCAAGGGCCUGAAAAAGCUAGAGAACUUCAAGAAGAAGAACGAUGAGCUCAGUCUCUGGUUGUCAAAAGCUUCCCCUGAGGAUUUGGAGUACUACAACUGUCAGCAGGAACUGACAACUGACCUCAAUAAGCAGUUCCAGAUUGUUGAGAGAGUCAUUGCAACUAAGACAGGGAAGACCCAGGGCCCAUCUGAUUUUCCCUCACACAGUCAUAAGACGUCGUCCUCUUCCAACGAGCCAGAGUACCUGUGUAAGUGGAUGGGUCUGCCCUAUGCAGAGUGUAGCUGGGAGGAUGGAACGCUCAUUGGCAAGAAGUUCCAGCACUGUAUCGACAGCUUCAACAACCGCAAUAACAGCAAAACCAUCCCUUCCAAAGACUGCAAAGUUUUAAAACAGAGGCCGAGGUUUGUCACUUUGAAGAAGCAGCCAUCUUACAUUGGAGGGGAGAAUCUGGAGCUGCGAGAUUAUCAGCUAGCUGGCCUGAACUGGCUUGCUCAUUCCUGGUGCAGGUGCAACAGUGUGACACCGGCUGACGAGAUGGGCCUGGGGAAGACCAUCCAGACCAUCUCCUUUCUGUCAUACCUGUUCCACCAGCACCAGCUUUAUGGGCCCUUCCUGCUGGUAGUGCCCCUGUCCACCCUCACCUCCUGGCAGAGGGAGUUUGACACCUGGGCCCCUGACAUGAACGUGGUGGUCUACCUUGGCAACGUCAUGAGCAGGAAGACGAUCCGUGACUAUGAGUGGGUAAACCAGCAGACAAAGAGGAUACGAUUCAAUGCACUUUUGACCACCUAUGAAAUUCUGCUGAAAGACAAGGGCGUUUUGGGUAGUAUAAACUGGGCCUUCCUUGGUGUGGAUGAGGCACACAGACUAAAGAAUGAUGACUCCCUGUUGUAUAAAACCCUGAUGGAUUUCAGGUCCAACCACAGGCUUCUGAUCACGGGGACCCCCUUGCAGAACUCCCUCAAGGAACUCUGGUCAUUGCUGCACUUCCUAAUGCCUGACAAGUUUGAGUCAUGGGAAGACUUUGAGGACGAACAUGGUAAGGGUAGGGAGAAUGGCUAUCAGAGCCUGCACAAGGUGCUAGAACCUUUCCUGCUAAGGAGGGUGAAGAAAGAUGUGGAGAAGUCUCUACCCGCCAAGGUGGAGCAGAUCCUCCGCGUUGACAUGACUGCGCAGCAGAAGCAGUUUUACAAGUGGAUCCUGACUCGGAACUACAGAGCUCUGUCUAAGGGUACUUGUGGGAGCUCUUCUGGAUUCCUCAACAUUGUCAUGGAGCUGAAGAAGUGCUGUAACCACGGUUAUCUCAUCAAACAGCCUGAAGAUGUAGACAGCCCCACCCAACAGGAGCAUCUGCAGAACAUUGUGCGGGGCAGUGGGAAGCUGGUUCUUUUGGAUAAGCUACUAACCAGACUACGGGAGAGGGGCAACCGUGUGCUCAUCUUCUCUCAGAUGGUCCGAAUGCUAGACAUCCUUGCAGAGUACCUGGCCUUCAAACGCUACCCCUUCCAGCGUCUGGACGGGUCGAUUAAAGGAGAGAUUAGAAAACAGGCACUCGACCACUUUAAUGCCAAAGGUUCAGAGGACUUCUGUUUCCUGUUGUCCACAAGAGCCGGAGGCCUUGGAAUCAACCUGGCGUCUGCAGACACAGUUGUCAUCUUUGACUCUGACUGGAACCCACAGAAUGACCUGCAAGCUCAGGCCAGGGCCCACAGGAUUGGCCAAAAGAAACAGGUGAAUAUUUAUCGUCUGGUAACCAAGGGAACGGUGGAGGAGGACAUAAUUGAAAGAGCCAAGAAGAAGAUGGUGUUGGACCAUCUUGUCAUACAGAGAAUGGACACAACUGGACGCACUGUACUGGACAACCACUCAGGGAACUCAAACUCAAAUCCAUUUAACAAGGAGGAGCUGACAGCCAUUUUGAAAUUUGGAGCAGAGGAGCUCUUCAAGGAACCAGAGGGCGAGGAGUCAGAACCGCAGGAAAUGGACAUUGAUGAGAUCCUGCGGCUGGCUGAGACCAGAGAGAGUGACCAGGGGUCGAACGCCACCGACGAGCUGCUCUCCCAGUUUAAGGUGGCCAACUUUGCCACCAUGGAUGAGGGCACUCCCGAGCUGGAGGCUCCGCCCUCAAGGGACUGGGAUGACAUCAUCCCAGAGGAUCAGAGGAGGAAGUUAGAGGAGGAGGAGAAGCAGAAAGAGAUGGAGGACAUUUACAUGCUCCCUUGGAGCCGGAGCUCCAACAAGAAGGCUCAAGCCAAUGACAGUGACAGUGAUGUGGGUUCCAAGCUGAAGAACAGGUCCUCUGGAUCAGAGAGUGAGACGGACGACAGUGACGAUGAUAAGAGGCCGAAGAGGCGGGGCCGACCACGAGCACGCAAGAACAAUGUAGAGGGAUUCACCGAUGCAGAAAUCCGAAGGUUCAUAAAGGCUUACAAGAAGUUUGGAGCUCCACUUGAGAGGUUGGAGGGCAUAGCCCGUGACGCUGAGCUGGUGGAUAAGUCUGUCGCAGACCUGAAGAGGCUGGGAGAGCUGGUUCAUAGCAGCUGUGUCACUGCUGUACAGGAACAUGAGGAACACCUGAAAGACAACCCCUGUGAAACAAAGGGUCCUGGGAAACGCAGAGGGAUUAACAUAAAGAUUUCGGGGGUGCAGGUCAACGCUAAAUCCAUCAUCCAACUUGAGGAGGAAUCUGAACCCUUGCACAAAGCCAUCCCCCCCAACCCUGCAGAGAGGAGCAAGUUCCUGCUGACCUGUCGUGUGAAGUUACCGCACUUCGACGUGGACUGGGAGGUGGAGGAUGACACGCAGUUGCUCCUGGGUGUGUACGAGCAUGGCUAUGUCAACUGGGACCUGAUCAAAACUGACCCGGAUCUCAAACUGGGCAACAAGACCAAAGUGAAGAAGAGGAAACCUCGGGUGAAGAAGGAAAAUAAAGCUCCCAAAGACGAGCAUGGCAAUGACAUUUCCUCUCCGCGGCUCUCAGACGUACCGUCAGAGGAAGGAGAAGUUAAGGAUGAAGGAGGGGAGAAGAGCCCAAGCAAGAAGCGACAGAAAAAGAAGGAUAAUAAAGAGAACAAGGAGAAACAGGGAACUCCCAAGAAAGAGAAAGAGGGAGAGAAAGACAAAAAGCAUUCCAAGCCAAAAAAGGAAAAGGCCAAAGCAGGGGCUCGGGGGAAGAAACAGCAGGGCCCAAUUCACAUCACUGCAGGAAGCGAGCCUGUUCCCAUCGGAGAGGAAGACGAUGAGCUCGACCAAGAGACCUUCAGCAUUUGUAAGGAGAGGAUGAGGCCAGUGAAGAAGGCUCUGAAGCAGUUGGAUAAGCCGGAUGAGGGUCUGUCAGUGCAGGAGCAGCUGCAGCACACGCGCACCUGCCUGCUGAAGAUUGGAGACCGCAUCACAGAGUGCCUCAAGGCCUACAGUGACCCUGAGCACGUCAAGAUGUGGCGCAGAAACCUAUGGAUUUUUGUGUCAAAGUUCACUGAGUUUGGGGCCAGAAAACUCCACAAACUGUAUAAGAUGGCACAGAAGAAGCGAUCACAGGAGGAAGAGAAAGAGCAGAAGAAGAAGGUGGAGUCCUCCAGCAGGAAGAAGUCCUUCAGGCCUGAGCCAUCGGGUUCCAGCCGGGACUCCCAGCCCUCCCAAAAGCCCCUCCCGCCCCUGUCCCACCCAACACAGCCAACCCCCCAUGCCCACCACAGGGAGCCCUACAACCAGUCCAACAAAAGACACUUUAGCAAUGAUGAUCGAGGGGAUUGGCAGAGGGAGCGCAAAUACAGUUACCCCAGCAACAGCAACCAGUCCUGGCAGGGAGAAUGGCAUCAUCCGUAUGAUCAGCACCGUUACAAGGAUCAUCACUACAGUGACCGUCGGCCGCACACCGACACGUACAGGAGUUCUGGAAACUACCGCAAGAGGCCUUACGAGCAAUAUGGCAAUGACAGAGAUCACCGCGGUCACCGUGACUACUAUGACAGGCACCAGGACACAAAGAGGCGGCGUACGGAUGAUUUCCGCUCCCAGAACUACCACCAGGGAGGUGCACAUGGGCAGGACUUCCGGAGGAUGCCGGAUCACCGUCCCCAGCCAAAUCAUGGCCCCAUGGGUCUUGAACACUACCGGCCCUUCCACCAGGACAAGGUCAGAGGGGGGGACUACAAGCCACCCCCCCUCCUAGACCCCCGCUCCCCUCAGGCACAGCAGUCGCCUCUCGACUCCCGCUCACCGCCGGAAAGGACCGCUGAGCCCAAAAAUGCCACUGGCGAUUUUAACUGGAACAGCCGUAAGACAUGAGGGAUGGGGGUGCGGGUCUGAGUGUGCCUGGUAAGACCUGUUCAUGCUGGAAAAAAAGGUAAAAAAAAAAAAAAAGAAGGGUAGCAAGGAAACAGACAAGUGUGCUGCUUUAAGGAAAUAGGCCAGUCCCCUUGACCCAGACUUUUCCCCACUUCUCUUCUGUAGUGAAGUUCUUGGCUUUCUUGACUUCCCAAGGUAGGGGGGAAACAGGACUAGAGCACCACUGACCAGCAACCACAAUAUGUUCUCUUAUCAUGUAAAUGUGACUGUGGUAAUUUAAUUAGGCACAGAUUUAACUCUAGGUGUUGAAAAGGUGUUCUUCCGGAAUACAGCAAAAGCAAGAGAAACUGCGUGGAGGUCUGAAAUUAGCCGACCAUCUUUGGCACGGUUAAUUGGAGCCUCUGGCUGGCCUGCCCUCGGUCUCGUGGGGAGUGAAUUGCACAGAAGCCUGUUUAGUCCCAUGGACUGUUGUUGGGGAGAGUUCAAUGCCUUCACAUUCAACCUUGACUGAGUUCUGGAAUAUGAAAGUGCCUCACACACUUGGCCUAUCUUUUGAAAGAUAUUAUUUGUUGAGGGAUAUAUAUAAUAUAUAUAUAUGUACAUAUAUAAUUUGUUUCUGUUCUUCCCAAAGCAACAGUUUUGAUUUUGUGCCAUUUUGUCCAAAGCAGUCUCCUCUCCUUGACAGUGUAAGGGUUUGUUCACUCUUCUGGUCCUCGGAGAUACACUUUUAACAGCUCUUUAUUUGGAAGAGUGUAGGUUUUGACUUCACAGGAAAUUAUAUCAGUAUGUCCUUAUUUUAAUACUCUUGCAAGCGGGAAAGCCGGACAGAGGGGGUUUGGUGGAAAAAUAGCCCUCUGUUAAGCGCUCCCGGAGUUCCCCACGCUCAUAUGACCUGUCAACUCUGAAUGUUCUAUAAAGCAGCCCAGUUUCUGGUUGCUGUCCUGCUGUUGUAAUAAUUUUUUUGACAAAAUGUUGAAAACGUGCAAGGAUUGCCCUAGCCUCCCAUGGUGUUCAGACUGCGGAGGCGAGAAGCUCCCCCAGUGGGCAAAAGGAUAGUAGCGUGUUACUUUUGCCUGGUCUUGUCAGUAUUUAUGGUUAACACAGACUGAGAGCAAAUUAUCACAACACUACAACUGUAAUUAAGCUAUUAUAAUUGACAUUUUCCCUCCCAGUGUGUAGUGGAUGAAUAAUUUAAACUUUCAUUUCCACAGCCAAUAAAGAACUAUGAGACUUGUGCAACUUGUCUUGCACUAUGAGUAGAACAGUAUUCUGCCAUUUAUUAAAUGAUGCAACUUGAAUUAUAUUUCAGGUAUUACCACAUAAAGGACAUAUUCCUUGAAAGUGAAUAUAUGUAAAUUAUGCCUUUUGAACCACAUGCAAAACCAUGAAAUUGCCAAAUGGUUUGUGUAAAGGUCUGAGGGAGUAUUAAUAAAAGAAAGGGGAGGGAAAUUAAAGUAUGGGCGGAUGCAGAGGUUUGAGUGCCAUAUCACAAGCUGUUCUGUCCCAUUAUGAUUGUCCAGUGGUGUUGUUCGCUUCUCCAGCUGUGCCUUAUUUUCAUUCAUAGACCUGUAUGUGUCCGUAUGGCUAUUACAGAUGUUGUCAUUGUGUAAAAAAAAAAAAAAAAAAAAAAAACACACACAGAGGGGAAGCAGUAUUAAAUUGUUGUGAAAACAUUUUCAUGUGUGGUAUGGAAAGACCUCUUGAGCUGGGAGCGUUAGGGUGGGGGUUGUCGACAAUUGGGGUGGUGGGUUGGGUUUGGUUGUUUUUCUUGAAAUUAUGCAGAGUCCAAAGAGUCACAGGGAAGCAAAUCGUUGCACAGAAGAACCGGCAGGUGACAUUUCUCAAAACUACUGGCCACUGUAACUGAGGGGAUGGGUGUCACAGCUGACAGGCUCCUCUCCACGUUUUUUUUUUUUGGGGGGGUUCCUCGUGUGUAGUCUUCUCAGAAACAAACAUUUUCAAGAAACCAAUCAAAAUAAUUUAUAUUUGUGAAAAAGCCACUGUCCACAUAAAUGUUGCUGUAAAUAUGUCGUUUAUAGACCUAUAUGCAUUAAAUUUUCCUACAUUAUGAAA